AUGAAAUACGAAGAAUAUUUACUGAUCUACAGAUUCUUCGGCGUCGCCGGCAUCACCAGAUACACCGCUUGCGACGCGCAAAUGCAAUCACAUCGGAGUACGGAAGCGGAAAUCCAUCGCCUACAACUUUGUACAGUACAUACAAUCCUAAUCUGGAUGACUCAGAAUCGGAUUCGUGGACCGCCGAGUAUGAGCGAUCACAACAUAUCAAGGAGUUGGAAUGCAAGCUACGAGAACAAAAGAAAAAACUAA